GGAUAGAGGAGGGGGAGGGGGGUUGGAGAGGGACAUGGGGGGAAAGGGAUCAGUGCCAAUGGUGGGCAGCGUUUACUUGGCUUGAAGCACGGCCGCAGAAGGGCCGAUACCUCUUCUUACCGAUACCUGUGGCAGAUAUGCCCAAAAAUUUCUGGUGACCGCCACGUUGGGAUUGUUUACUCUCUUUGAAUGCUGGCGAGAUACGUGGAUUGCUCAUCUUCAUGUUGUUCGUUAUUUCUUUCACUGCUGGCGGCUAUCAAAGAAGGGACCAACCAACCUGGCAAUGGUUUGUUUGGUAUUCGCAUUAAGAGAACCGGGCAAGGUCUAGCGAGGCGCGGUGUUGGACCCCAGGUUUCUUUUACCCCUCACCUUCAAAGGUAUUGGGUCCAACCAAACCGUGCUAAGGUAGUGUAGCCGUAGACAUGUAUUUUGUCGAUCUGGUCUAGGCCUCCGAGUCGUCCAGUUCCCAAUUGAAUGAGGCCGACGGUCAUUCUCCUAGGCAACAGAAAAACACAGAGAUUCCCAUCAUAUCCGUCAGGAAAGAAUGACGACGGGAGGCUCGGGGUCGAAUGCAGU